GAUGUCACAGCAGCCUGACAAAGAUCCUGUGAAACUGGAAAAAGCGGAUAGGAUGGAGAGGUGUUGGGAACACAAAAACAAUUCGCAGUUCACACAUCUGCUGCAAACGUUCAAUAUCUCACUCCAACCAUAAGAGGGCAAAACAGGCUUUCUGAAUUCAAAUAACUACUUAACUUUAGAUAUCCCAAAUCUAUAUGCUAACCUUAUAGAUUUUUAAAUAUAUAUAUAUAUAUAUUAAAGCUUUACUAUCUUUAUUAGUACAUUACUGUCCAGGUAAAACUUUACCGCAAUUUAAUUCAUUAAUUUAACCUCUCUACUCUCUAUUUCUGAUCCAAACAAACCAUAAACAAUGAGUAAGAUAAGAUGGGUGUUAAUUGAUCUUUCAGUUAUGAAACAUACAUGACAAGGAUCUAACAGCUGUGUUUUGGUUUCAUUUACAUAUAUAUUAUUUUACAAUCAUUUUACAAACAUUGAUUUACUUAGUCAAACAAUGAUUUACUGCUUUAAGUAGAAAAACUUUUCCACAGUAAAUACCCGUCCUCCUUCCUCAGCUGGACCUUUGCCCUCUCUUGCAGCCACAUAAGGCCUCUCUCUGCCAAAAUACAAACAGAAUUUGAGGCAGCAGGGCAGAAAAUUCAGUUCACAUAGUGGACACGAUUUGUUUUUAAUUCAUGGAGAUAUCAGAUCUUUUUCUCCAGUCCUCCAGUUCUGUCGCCUUGUUGGGGGCUCUGGUGGUCCUGCUGCUCGUCUACCUCGUCUCCUCCUCCAUCUUCAGCUCCCAGGAGUACGGGAAGGAACCUCCAGGACCCAGACCGCUUCCCGUGCUCGGAAACCUGCUGCAGCUGGACCUCAAGAGACCCUACAACACAUUGCUGGAGCUGUCCAAGAAAUAUGGAUCAGUGUUCACGGUCUAUUUUGGACCCAAGAAAGUGGUGGUCCUGGCUGGAUACAAGACAGUGAAGGAGGCGCUUGUCAAUCAUGCUGAAGAGUUUGGAGACAGAGAUCCAAUGCAAAUUAUGCAUGAUUCUACUCAAGGAAAUGGAGUUAUAUGGUCCAAUGGUGAUUCGUGGAAAGAGAUGAGGCGCUUUGCCUUGACGAACCUGAGAGACUUUGGGAUGGGCAAGAAGGCUUGUGAGGACAAAAUCAUUGAGGAAUGUGACUAUCUCAUUGAAGUGUUUAAGAAAUUUAAAGGAGAAGCUUUUGACACGACUCAACCAAUAAACUAUGCUGUCUCUAAUAUUAUCUGCUCCAUUGUUUAUGGCAGCAGAUUUGAAUAUGAUGAUCCAGCGUUUACAUCCCUGGUAGAUCGAACAAACAGAAAUAUUCAACUUGUGGGCUCCCCGUCAGUACAGGUGUACAACAUGUUCCCAUUGAUCGGUAAAUGGUUUGCUGACAGGAAGGAAUUCCAGAAAUUGAAUGCUGCCAAUAAGAAACAGAACUUACAGCUGUUCAGUCGUUUGAAGGAGACCCUCAAUCCACAGAUGUGCAGAGGCUUAGUGGAUGCCUUUCUGGUCCGAAAGCAAAAUCUGGAGGAAUCUGGGAUUACAAACAGUCACUUCCACAAUGAAAACCUUACGAUAACAGUCAUGAAUCUGUUUGUUGCCGGCACUGAUACAACAGCAGCUACACUCAGAUGGGGACUUCUGCUGAUGGCCAAGUAUCCAAAGAUACAGGAUCAGGUCCAGGAGGAGCUGAGCAGGGUGAUAGGAAGUCGGCAGGUGCAGGUCGAGGACAGGAAGAACCUGCCCUUCACAGACGCGGUCAUCCAUGAGACUCAGAGACUGGCCAACAUCAUCCCCAUGGCACUUCCUCACAAAACGAGCCAAGACGUCGUCUUCCAGGGUCACUUCAUUAAGAAGGGGACCACAGUGUAUCCUCUCUUGACAUCUGUCCUGUAUGAUGAGAGUGAGUGGGAGAGGCCACACACCUUUUAUCCUGCCCACUUCCUGGACAAAGAUGGGAAGUUUGUCACGAGAGAUGCCUUCAUGCCUUUUUCUGCAGGUCGCAGGAUUUGCAUUGGAGAAAGUCUGGCCAGGAUGGAGCUCUUCGUCUUCUUCACCACCUUCCUGCAACACUUUCGUUUCUCUCCUGCACCUGGAGUUUCAGAGGAUGAGCUGGAUCUGACUCCACGUGUGGGCCUCACCCUCAGCCCUUCAUCCCAUAAACUGUGUGCUGUUUCCUGUAUAUGAACAGGAGAGCUUGAAAAUGCUGCUUUGCCCACUGUCAUGACUUCAACUCAGUUAUAUUCAAGAGAGUAGGUUCUAUAAUUUCUACAGUGUCAUAUUCCAUGUAGUGCAGCAGCACUGAAUAUAUUCAAUAUCAAUUAAUUCACUUUCCAGUUAUUACUUUAUAUCAUAAACUUGUAAAUAAAGAUAAGACCAAUCA